AUGGCCGCACGUUGUGGCUUUCGUGUUUCGCAAGGACGUACCAAACGUUUGGUGGUGAUCUUUUGCGUACUCGCCUUACACCUGAUGCUGUUCGGUAUUGCGACGGUGGACGGAAAGCGUGCCUUUGCAAUUCGUAUGCGAAGCAAAAGCAACCACAAUACGGGCAGUGCGUUGGGACGUAAUUCGCGCAAGAACUAUCACCAUAUGCAUCAGGAGGGCGUUGGUGGAAUGGUACGCAAUCCACCGGUACCGGACAUACAACCCCCGAGACCGAUCGGCUGGAGCGUCGAUGGACACUCGAACAGUCACCCGAUUGGACCGCCACCGGCCUAUCCGGGGAUGGGACAUCAUGCCGUACCGUCCGGUGGUGCACCUCCAGCCUACUCACAUUCGAAGAUCAAUCCUCCCAGCUAUGCCGAAGCCGUAGGUCAUCCGCACUCGUAUGCAGCGGCAGCACCACUCGUCGCUCCACGACACUACGAUUACAACCACAACAGUGCGCUGUACGGUGAUUCGAAUGCGAUCGGGUCUAGCUACGGAUCGAGCUACGGAUAUCACCACCGAGGAUCGAGUCCCUUCAGCAUGGGCAGUAUCCUAACGGGAGCUGCCCUCUGGCACGUAGCCCACGGAAUUGGACACCAUCAUCAUCACCACCACCAUCACGGCACUGGAGAGCAUGGAAUUAACUCGGAGGAACAUUUCUACCACCAUAACCAUCACAGCCAUCACGGGGAGGGUGAAACGAGUACGCUCCCGCCGGAGGUGGAGAACCCGCACAUCCAGGUGAACGCCAACUUUGACUUUGGACCAUCGCCGAACCCACAGGAAGCACAGCCCCAGCCCGACAGCACAACGAACGAACCGAGCGAACAGGCGAGCACGCAAACGUGA